GUCAUUCCGUCAGCAGCAGCGCUCUGUCCACGAGAGCACUAACCCCUCCCGGCUGGGCUGUUGCCUGAGGCUAACUCCGUUCCAACCUAGAUCCGCCCUAUUGGGGAAAGGAAGUGCUUGGUCCCGCCCCAGCGGCGUUCCUGUUUUGCAAAAGCUGGAGUGUGCAGUAUGAGGAAAGAGAGUCGCGGCAGUCUAGGGAAUGAGAGAACGAGGAGCACUCAACUUCAAGGCGGCAACAUAGCUAAAGGGAAGAAGAGAAUCCAGAAGGUUCGAGAUUGUUUACCUGCUUACGGGCUGCCUUAUGAUGUACAUUGCUUGGUAGCAAGCCAGGGAGUUAGACGGUCAACUGAAUUGGAGGAAGAUUUUCCUUGUUUUGGGCAAUGGCAUAGUGACCUCUUGCUGCUGAAUGAGGACUGCUUCCCAACCAAGCAUUGGGGAAAGCUGGACAGAACACAAGCGGUAGGCGCCACACCUAGCAUGGAG